GGUGAAGCCUAUAUAUUCUGUGGUGCUAUAAUGUUGAAAUGUCCUCAAUACUUAUUGCAGUAUCCUUACAGCUGGAAUAUGGUUUCAUUGCUGUUAUGUGAUUAUUUUUGGCUUCUUACCUUUAUUUCUUACUUUUCUUAUACGGCCGCGUAGUGGUAUGCGACCCUGCUCGAUAAUUCCCAGGUUUUCAGUUGUGUUUAUCUUUUCAUCAACCUCAACCUCACACCGUACUUCUCCGCCAUUUACUCUAAUCUGUUUACAUUUUAACCUCUCCUCCAUGAUUUUACUCCAAGGAUUUUGAACAUAAAAUAUCUUUAUCUGUGUAGCUUGUGUGCUAGUUUGGUUCAGUUUUGGUGCCUUUACUUAAUUAUUGAUUACAGGACAUGAUAGACUCUCCCAAAUUUCUUUUACUAAUUGCUUAGUGAUCUGCUUUUUCAUGGAUUUAGGCUCUGAAUAAAGUCUUACCAUGUCCAGAAUGGUGACUCAUCAUUCAUCAAAUUGGGGUCGUGUGAAGAAUGCGCCUUUUCAGAUUGAAACUCAGCCUCUGUGUCAUUCAUCAUUUAAAAGUGAAUCCCCAGAUCUAGGCCCUGAGUCACCAAUUGAAUGGAAGAAUAUAUUCAGCAUGCGACAAAUGAAUCUAGCCACACUAGCUGGACGGCAAUCAGGAAUUAGAGAAACAAGCAUGAAAGCUCAAAAAAUUCGAAGUCGAUACAUAAUGAGUGCAAGCAAAUCAUUAGACAUCCUAAGACAAAAUCUACAGUCUGCUCUCAACGAUGAUAUUGACAAUGUCAUUAAAUCUUACUUGCAGAAGUAUUUUGCGCCUGCUGUAACGAAUAUUCGGCUGAAUAUGGGUGAUGCUAGUGUAAAGGAGGAACAAAUCCGUGAAGUUUGCCGGACUAUCCUCGAAAAUGCAAAAUUAAUGUAUGCAAAUAGUCCUGUGUCAAAAAGUAAAUGCUCACCUACAGAUGUCUCUCAAUUAAUUGACUGUCGAUUGUCAAAGAAUUAUUCAUCAGAAAAACAGAAGCGGCUUGAGAAGCAAGGAAAGCAAGAGGAUGUUGAACGACCCAAAGCUACCUUCAUGGUAAAAUCGAAGGGUACUAGUGGAGAACUUCCAACCAACUCAUUCAGCAGGAGGAAUAGUAUUUCAGAUGAACUAAUUGCAUAUACGCUGAAAAGACCAAUACCAGAUUCUGUCAAUCUAGAAAUGAAUGCCCUGAAUAGUCAAUUAAACAAUAACUUAAACAAUCCAUUAAAUGGCUCAUUAACUUGUGACAUUGACAAUAUGAACAGUGCAUUGAGUAGCCCUUUGCAAGAUUCUCUAAAUGAAUCCCUGCAUGAAUCAAUUGAUGAUUCCAUAAAGCUGAAAUUAUAUGAAUCGCCCUCUUCGACCUCAGAUAAAUCUCUCUUCUCUCUAGCCAGCCCUCUUGACUCAGAGUCAAAGUGGAGUCCGAGUAGAAUUAAAGCCAACACAUUAUUUGUAAUAUCUCCAUGUAACGUAAAGGACAUUGGCAUCGACAGUGAGUUGCUUCUGCAGCAUCCCGAGCUCUUUCGAUACACAGUGGAUCAAGAAGACUUAGAUUGGCUUGUUAUCCAAAAGCAGAUCAUUUUACCAUUAGACAGUAUUCUCAGCAUAAACUUGCUUUUAUUGGAUGAUGUUAUCGAGCUUGCUAUGACUGAACAGCACAGGAAUAAUCCGUUUUGCUCCUUGAGUGAAUUGAAAGGUUUUGAGUUACCAGACUUCAUGUUAAACAAAGUCCGAGCAUGUUUAAGUUACAGCAAUCCCAUCAGUAUUGAUGACAAUGAAAAUCCUCUGGAGAUCAAUGCAACAUUGAAUUUAGCAAUAGACUAUAUCACUUCUAUGACACCUCCCUUCUGCUCUCUUGAUUCAGAAAUGUCAACAACAGGAGUGGAAUCGUUCAACCUUUUAGAGCCAUUGCCACAGUCAACGUGGGAUUCUUCUUUGACUUCAUCUGGGUCACCUUUGGCUGAUUCUCACUCAACUCUCUCGGCACUCUUAUCAGGACAUAUGAUAGCAGCCCUCAACAACUGACCAUUUCUUGUCAAGUCUGUGAUUUUCUAUCCUCAUCCUUCCCUCUUUUCCUCCUUUAUCUGUUAUGUUAAAUGUAGGUUUUUUUUCUUGAAACCUCUACCAUAACGUCCUAAUGAUAAAUCUGCUUUCAAGAGUACACACAUAGGGACAGCCACCUAAAAUUUAGUAUUCAGAUCUUAGUGGGAUUCGAUUUACAGAGAGAAAAUAUCCUUAAAAUCGAACAUUUUUGGCUCACCAAGGCUUUUACUGUCACGUAUAGAGCACUUGACAUUUUACACACAGCGCUGAAUAUGGCUGCACACUGGCACAAAUUACUGGCUUCUCUUUUCUAAUUCUCACGUUCAAGGGUUGCCAUCGCUUCUGAUUUCAGUUUUUAUCCCUUUACCUCUUUGAUCUCCACAUUUUGAAUGCGGUAAAGAACUUUUGUGAAAACAAGUGGCUUAGAAGUCGUUUUUCAGGGAAGGUAGAUAAACAGGGAUUAUAUCAGAGACCGUUAAAUUUUGACUUUCCCAAUCCGUCUCUGAAAACCUUUUCAAAGUUUUUAUGUAGCGGAUCAACACGAAUUAUUUUAGAAGAUCCUCUUAGAUGAUGUAUGAGAUUGUUCACCAGAUGAUUUAAUUUUUUCAAUUGAAUCAAGCAGGAAAAGCAGUGUGAAAUCGUUCUGGUGCUCUAGAGGUACAGCAAAAGGGAAUAUACCUUUAAAUAACCACCCUUUUUAUUCAAAAUAAUUGAUUGGGAUUGAGAUGGUCAAGCGUCUAUCGCAUCGCUCUAAAGAAAUGGCAAUAAGAAUUGCGAAUUUCCGGGAGAGGAUUUGGUUCAGCUUUAUACUUACUGCCAACCUUCGUCAUAACGAAACAAAAUUCCCUCCGGCAGGCAGUGCUCCUACAAAAUUUGGUUUUCAUGCCGGCAUAAUUGAUGACCAUAUUCAACAUUCUUGACUUACUGCCUAAAGCCGAGAUCACACGACAGCCGAUUUUCGUGAAAAUGACUCAUCGAUUCCGCUGAUGACUGUUGAUUACUGAAAAUAGCGUGGCCAACUGUAUCUAGAUUCUGGCAUCAACACUCAACAAAAGCACCGAUGUGCCAUUUUCGCCUCCGUGUGAUCUCGGCUUGAGGUGGAUAAAAAAGUGGAUGGAUGCAAACGUUGGCUAAAAUUCAUCAAGCGACUGAGUUCAGCACUUGCUUUCAGCAGAGCAUUUUUCUCCUUCGGGUUGCAACCCUGCCGAUCUGGUCAAAAAACUCCGCCAAUCCAUCGGCCAAAUCCAUUCCGCGGUAAUUCCCCUAAUGAUGUUUCUAGUCUACUUUAUUGACGAAGGAAUUUCUUGUUUCGUACCAUUCUUCAUUGCGAGUAUUGAAUUUCGAGCAAGUCGGAUAAAAUAAGUGUUGCUCUACACAUUAGGGUAAUUAAAUUAAGUUGAUUCCUUCCCAAACAUUUUCUGUACCUAUUUUUUUUGGCCUAAUGCAGCUUCAAAAAAUUGUUAACAAAGUUCAUGUGAUCACUAGUCUCCCCCAAAGGAACAACUUUGGGAAGGGAUAUUUAUUUGAAAUAAAUGUACUUUAAGUAUUUGAACUUAAAUCGAACAAGUAUGAACCUCUAAAGGUACUUUUAUAUUUUCCUAAAAAUGUUAGGCAUGAUUAGAAUGAUUUUAUGUACUAAAUAUCCGAUGAAACUAUUUGAUUUUUUUUUCUAUUUCUAUAUUUUGCUAACGGGUAAUAUUUCUGACAAUCAUCAAUUUCCAAGGUGCUGAAAAAGUGAAAAAGAAAGUACGAGGGUCUUCCAAUAAAUAAGUUUCGAUGUUUCCCUUCUCUGCAAAUAUUAUAGAUGUAGCAAAUCUGUCGAAAGUCUUUUAUUUGUCAUACUCUUAGCUUCAAAAUCACCCACAAUUUUUAAAAUGUAACUCCCGGGUUGCUGAGGUAUUAACUUCUUCUUACUUACCACGGCGCAAGACCACAAGCAAAGAAAAGCACUGCGAAGUUCUUAAUAAGCUCAGAACUCUGACCAAGAGGAAGCAGCCGAGCCUUUUGAGCCGGAUAGUUCUGCUCUUGCAUGACAAUUCUAGCCCUCGUUCGGCAAGAGUCAUUCAGGAUUCGUCAGAAACUAUUGAUUGGCAAUUCUUUCGCAAAUCUGUCCUACUUGCCAGGCUUAAUUUCAUGUGAUUUUCACCUUUUCCGGGGGCUCAAAUCAGAUCUCGGCGGAUACCGCUUUGGUAGCUACAAGGACGUCAUGAAACACGUCAACAGUUGAUCCAGAAUCAGACAACUGAGUACUUUGCCGAUAGGACUAAACAAUUGGCAGUAUGCUAUGAAAAAAAGGAAGUUACGUAGGAAUACGAAGCUUAUUGCCAGAGCUUUUUCACAGAACCGAAGUUCCUUUUGCUGCGCACAUUACGGAUGCCUCGAAAUAAAAAAAUGCGCGAAUGUGCAGAGUGUGCCCAGAAAUUGCACUCGCGGUGUGAGGAGAUGGGUGCAAAAAAAGUUAAAUAUCUCAGUAAUCCAUUCUUCUAAUUUGAGAAAACUGUGACUUGUUUUGAAGCCUCAAGUAUUGACUCAUUGACUCGACAGCGACUCAUUUUUUACUGUUUACUUACUAUACUAUUCGUGGAGAGAAAAAAAUAUCUUAACUUACCUAUUCGAAGACCCUCACAAGUUAAAAAGAUUAAGUGUUUCAAGUAUUUGCUCAAAGUAGGUGAACAAUGUUUUGGUUUUUUUCUUCUUGUUUCCCAGAGCUUGCAACUCUUUGUUAAAAUAAAUUUCUCUAAUUUCGUUUACGAAAGCAAUAAAUUAAUUGAGAAAUGCAUCGCAUUUCUUUACUUCAAUGGAGAAGUCUACUUAUAUUAUCCUAUUAUUGUACUUUUAUCAUAGUAUCUACCUUCCUUAAUCAGUAUAAUCUAUCGUUUUAGAAUAUGUGUUAUUGAUUUUCUUCCUUUUUGGUUUCAGUUUUAAUAUUGAUAUUUAUUCCUUUUUUUAUUUUAAUCUGUUUUUAUUAUUUAAAGUAUGUAUUGGUUCAGCAAGAGCUGACACUUUUUCAAACAAAAUAGUAAAAUUGUGAUGGACUAUUUUUUUUUCAAUAAAAAGGCAAGUACAUGAUAGUUGGACCACCAAAAUAAGGACUCUAGAACCAGUACGAAUUAAUAUCUAAUAUGCAUCUCAUUAGUGCACUCAAUGGUCUCUCCCCUCAGUUUUGAGCUUAUAUAGUUUGUCUGGGACUUUAGGUAAUAAUUUUUGAACUCGUAUGUUUUGGUGUCUUGGCAGUAUGACUGGUGGUCGGAAAUCAAUUAAUUUUUCUUUCCUGCUGAUACAGACUAUGCUUUUUUAAUGUAACAGAUGACAAUUCACCACAAAAAAAUGAAAGACAUUUUUUUUCUAGGUCUUAUAGUAGGCUGAUCAUAAAACUUACAUUAAAUCUAAGUAUGUGUCUGCUGUUUCAAGGACAAUGAAUACAUCCACACAGAGAUUUUUUGAGCCUUCGUCUAAUCAUGUUCCCUGAUAAUGCAACAAAAAGGUAAAAUUUCUUUGGGAGGAUCCCGUGAAGCCUUUGUUGAUCCGAUGGACCACUAGACAAGGUACGACGUUCUAGUAAGCAUUCUGAUUCAUGUUUCUUAACCAAAAUUUUACAUAGAACACGUUUGGCGCAACAAAAAUUACUGAAAUCAAUUCCUGACCAAGAUAUUUAAUGUUUUUUCACGCAUGAAUUCAAACCUCCCGCUCAUUAAAACGCAAUGGUCUACGUGAGUCAAAUGGCGCACGAAACGUAACUGUAACCAUCUCUGCCGUAUGAAAAUAUUGCAAAUUCAAUUUCGGUAUUUUAGCUCAGCACGUUUCAUGUUUUCAACACGUUGAACAACACAAGGCAGGGAGGGAAUAUUACUUGAUUAGGAAGCCUGCGAAAACCGCUGUAGUGCGCGAUUUGACUCUCGUAGAGUAUUGCAUUUCUUGCCAAUAAAAACGUUGAUAUCUUAGUUAGGAAUUGCUUUCAGUACUCUUCGAUGCAAGAAUCAUGUUCUACGUGAAAUUCUGAUUACGAAAAAUGUAUUAGAAUGCUUAAAUUCGUACCUUGUCCAGUGGUCCCAUUGACCUCAUUUCUUGUGAUAGGUGAUGGGUCAGUAAAGUCAUUCUUUCUAUUGUGUAAUUCGAAAGUAUGAAAGAAAAAAAGCUCACUGUCUUUUUUCUAACUUUUUCAUAGCGGCAAUCAGUGUUGAGAAAUUCCACGCGAAAGUACAAAAAAUCAGGGCAUCGGAAAGCAAGGUUUGAACUAUGCGCUCUUCGCUCUCGAAUUUACGCGUCACGAUACGUGGUGGUGUCCAUUUUUGAUGGCUGGGCUUCAUUAAGAAAGAAAGAAAAACUGGCGAAACACAAAAAAAUGGGAAACUACGGCUAAAAACAAAUAGAAUGCUUAGGGCGUUUUGGGGUGGUUUAAACCCUCCCACCUUGACCAGGAAACAACUAUAUAUAAACCAAAUAACCCCUCAGAUCCCCAUUUGUGAUAACAAGAAAGAGAGGUUCGUCGCCUAAUUUUGAGGUUCAUUGGAUGCUCAUUCGUUACUGAUCUCUUCUUUUAAAUCUCUUAAAGUAGUUUAAGUAGUACGGAAGGUUUCAUUUAGUUCUUAUUUUGUUCACCUAGGGCCUUCGUCUUAGAAGUACUCUCUCAGUUUUUUCUCAUUAUUUACACGAUUCAGUUAUUAUUUCCUACACGUUCACAUUCCUCAUGUGUGUGACAUAACUUGAUCCUUAUCAUCCAAUCCGUCAUGUAAGUCCAUCCUUUCCUUCCUCAUAAAAUGCCCUACCAAGAAAAAACCCCUGAUCCCGGGGGAAUUCCUGGUCCUCAGUUACCAGCGACCGCUAUCAAUAAUAACAAUCAAUCUUCACAAAUCUCUACUGCUAUUAAUAGUUCAACCCUCAAAACUCAAACCCUAGAUAAUUGUAAUGCACUCAUCAUCAAAAAUUGAAAUGAUAUACGAUUUGAAGAAGACUCUACUAGUCCUUUUAUUGUAACAAUUAGCAAACCAGGAAUUGGCAAUGAACAUCAAACCCAUAUAGGAGAGUUCCUAUACAAAGCCAAAAUAUCGGGACUGAAAACGAUAACAGCCUUCCAUACGAAAACGUUACAUGCUUCCUUCUCCUAAAAUUCACCACUAGAAGAAUAAUAAUCAAUAAUGUCCACUCAGAUCUGGGAAUAGACAGCAUAGGCGAAUACUUUAAAGAUAAAUAUAAGAGAAUAAUUAGCGUUAGAAGAAUUUUCAGGAAAAAUGAAGGCGGAGCCCUUAUUCCAACCGAAAAAUUAGAUGUCUUAUGGGAAGGCACCACCAGACCAGAUUACUUGUACAUCUUUUACUCCAGAUGCUCAACCUCACCGGUAUAUUUUGAGACUCUAUGACAACAUCAAACCACAAUAAGCACUAGUUAAAAAAUUUCAAAAUUCUUAGUUCGAAUAUUCAUUCUUUCCUCCCGAAUGAUACAGACCCUACAUUUCUUAUCCAUCAACAUGAUCCUGACAUAAUGGCGCUCACAGAAACGAGGAUGAAACCGUAUUAUAGAAAAAGAUUCCCAGGAUAUAAUUGUUUUCACGACGAUAGAUCGGACGGUUAUGGAGUUCUCAUAACAUUAAUCAAAAGAAAAUAUAAAUCUUACCCAAUUCCUCCGAACCAAAAUAUUUUUGCAGACUAAAGAAUAGAAACUCAAACCUCUAAAAUAACGAAUGAUGCCUAUGAAAAUUUCUUUCUUCAUUUUCAUAUUUACCCGCUCAGCAAAAUCUCUCUAGAAGAAUUACGUAAGUUUUUUCAUUUAAACGAACUAACAAACAAAAAAUUCCUAUUCUGGGCUGGCGAUUUCAAUGCCAAUCAUCCAGUGUGGGGAUACCCUUUCGAACUGAUUCUAAAGUGAACCAGUCCUGUUGAGUAUAAAGUGACUAUAUUUGGGAAGCAUAAGAUUAAGACAAUAUGGGUAGCGGUAGAACUGAAGUGAUAUGGAGGCAAGAGGAUGGUAGAAUAGUGUUGGGUCCACACUGUUCUACACGGAAGUGAAGGCCAAAAAAUUUUCAGUAGAGUCAAAAGAACUCUUAUGAGCGUUAGUGCAAAAUUGAGGGAGAGAGUGAUCAGCUCAAGCAGUUACCAGAUAUUACCAGAUACUUUUAGAUUUCAAGAUUGUAUUAUCACUUUAACUCCACCGCUUUUCUAGUCCAACCACUUCAUUCUUGCCCUUUUUUUCACCAAUGUUUAUCCCAUGUAUGAAUAUUACCUUAUCUUGGUCCGUGUGAUAUUUAAUUUUGAUAUUUAUCUUGUGUGCCAAUGCAAAAAGUAUGCCUCAAUCCUCUCACAUCAGUAUUCUUUAUUAGUCGUUACAUUAAGGAUUGAAUAAAUGUUUGUUAUUGUAUUUAGACGGUAUUUAAAGCUUUUAGGUCCAAUAGAACUUACUCUAGUCCA